AUGUCACGGUUGCAUUCCAAAAUCGAGAAGAAGGAAAUAUUUUCAAGCUGGAAUUUCCGUAGUCCACAUGAUACCUCAACGGCCAACACGGGGAUUGGAAACGAGUCCGCGUCGGAGUCUGGGACUGAAAUAAUCGGCAAACUGAAGCAAGUUACAAAAUGGAAGAGACUCAAUCGAAUCCCAAUCGGAAGGCACGGUCACCAAGUUGGGAUCUUCGGAAAUUCGUUAGUUUUGAAAAUCGUGCUUCCAUUUAAUGAAAAUCUUUGGGAUAUGCUGCGUACAUUGGGAUAUUACGAAAGGCGAAUCUGUUUUGCGGGCAUUCAGGUCAGGCCAAGAUUACGAAACAUGUCCCUUAUUUCACGCCCGCCUUGCGCGCUACUUCAUGUCAUUUGCAAUAUAGUGGAUCAGAAAGAUAGAACUUACAGCAAGUCUAGGGGUUGUAGAAUAAUACCCACAAUUGACCGUCCAUUUCCUAGAUGCGUUGCAACACUAAUGGCACGGAUGGGCCAGUGUUUUUCGACAUCAACAGACACUAUUACAGUGGUCCCGGAGGAGACUGGAAUCGAGUUUAAAGACAUCGAGGACGUCGAAAUUGCUGCCGCUGAUCAGAAGUACACCUUUUCAGAUGGCGUCGGCCGUAUUUCGUCGAACGUCGCGAAAAAAGUUAGUACAGAAGUCGGUCGAACAUUAUUUAUACUGGACAAAUCUAUCAGUCCUAAACUGCUGUUCCUAGAGAUCCAGCAAGAGUCAUCCCUUCUAGUGUUUCCACAGGAGGAAACAUUCGCUAAACUAACUUUAUUUAUUCUUCUCUAUCAGUGCUGUCUCCAUAAACUGUUUUCUGAGACGAAAAAGAUAUAAGGUUUUAAUUAAGCCACUAGGCACUAACCUUUUAUUUUGAGCAAUAACAUUCUUGAACGAGCAACAAAACAUGCAAAGUCCUAAAAAAUGGAAGAAAAAUCAACGACAUGCAUAAACUGUACGUAUAAUUGCAUUCAGAAUUGAAGAGCAAAAGAGUACAAAUAAAAACAAUUCAAUUUCAGCUUUCUUCUUGUAGUAACAUUGGACUAGUAUAAUGCCCUUACUGUACCUUUAGUAGGGCGAACAAUUGGCAAGACAGAACUAAUAAAGCCAUUCCAUAUUCAGUUUAAAUAAAGCUUGUUUAUUUUAAGUUUUCUCCGGUGGAUAACACUGCAACAAUAAGGAAUGUCCAUUUUUGGAUCUCAAGGAAGAACAGCUUAGAACUGAUAGAGCUAUUCGGUUUAAAUAAAGUUUGUUUAGUCAGUUUAUGUUUCCUCCGAUCGUAACACUGGAACAACAUGGAAUGCCUAUUAUUGGAUCUCUAUAAGAAAAACAGUUGAGAACUGAUAGAGCUAUUCGAUUUAAAUGAAGUUUGAUUAGUUUAGUUUUCCUCCGAUGAUAACACUUAAACAAUAAGGAAUGUCCAUUGUUGGAUCUCAAGGAAUGACAGUUUAGAACAGAGCUAUUCGGUUUAAAUAAAGUUUGUUUAGUUUAAAUUUCCUCCUGUAAUAACAAUGAAACAAUAUGAAUUGCCCAUUGUUGGAUCUCUAGGAAAAACAGUUUAAACCUGAUAUAGCUAUUCCAUUUUAAUACGAUUGUUUAGUUUAAGCUUCCUCCGUCAAUAACACUGGAACAACAUGGAAUGUCUUGGAUCUCUAGGAAGAACAGUUUAGAACUAAAGCUAUUCAGUGUGCAUGCAAUUGGGUCUUAAUUCAAAAACAAUCCCUCUAAACUUGCAAGGAUUGGCAUCGUGUAUCCGUUAACUCACAAAUCAUCUCUUUUUGUUCAAGGUGUCAAUUUUAAUCAACAAGAAACUACCUCCAAGUGCAUUCCAGAUCCGUUUUGCGGGGUACAAAGGCGUCCUAACCACAGACCCGCAAAUACCGGACAACCAGAUACAACUCAGACCAAGCAUGCGCAAAUUUCAGUCCGAUCACAGACGACUUGAGGUGCUUCAAACAUCUCGUCCCCAGGCUGUUUACCUGAAUCAUCAGCUCAUAAUGUUGUUGUCCAAUCUUGGCGUACCUGACCAGGUUUUCCUCAGACAUCAAGAGAAAAUGCUUGAUGCUUUGGCAUGUAUGUAUAUAUAUGCUUUUAUCUGUCCGCAUAUUUGUUAACAUACAGUUUGGGGUUUUGACUGCGCAUACGAAUCCAACAUAAAAUUGGAAGAUUUGAGUCUUUGGCAAAGUAAGAAACAUUGUUGAAGAAAAAUUGUUUUGUAUUUUGGGCAAACCAAAAAUGACACUUGGGAAAUGACAAACUAAACCACAACUACACUAAACUGAAAUUAAAGAGUGAAUAUCAUGCAAGUGAUCCUUUGCACGUUUGUGUUUACAUUUUAUGUUUACAUUCGGCUGUAUCUGCAUAUACUUUCAUUACAAACAUUUUGCACAAAAAACAUUUCACAAGAUAUAAUGACUUACUUCGUUUUAAAAAAGAAAUAGAGUUGUUUUUCAAUAGAAUUCCGAUAAAUAUGGGCCAAUACAAAUUAAAUCUUAGCGAUCGCUUAUAAAUACUAGAGGGUCAGCCAUUUUCUGGGACGCCAAGAGCCCAAAGGAUCACAGGCAUGAUACUCACCCUUCAACUAAACUAAACGAACCUAACCUAUAAGACAACCUAACCUAUAACCUAACCCACAACCUAACCUAACCUAAUCUAAUCUAUAACCUAAUCUAUAACCUAACCUAUAACCUAACCUAUAACCUAAUCUAGCCCACAACCUAAUCUAUAACCUAACCUAACCUGUAACCUAACCUAAGUUACCUAACCCACAACCUAACCUAACCUAUAACCUAACCUAACCCACAACCUAACCUAAUCUAUAACCUAAUCUAUAACCUAAUCUAUAACUCUGCUCUAUCUAUAACCUAACCUAACCUAUAACCUAUAACCUAACCUAUAACCUAUAACCUAACCUAUAACCUAUAACCUAUAACUUAUAACCCAACCCAACCCAACCCAACCCAACCCAACCCAACCCAACCUAACCUACAACCUACAAACUAAACUAAACCGAACUGAACUAAAUUGAAAUAAACUAAAACUAACUCAGUUUAGCUUAUAAUGGACAACUCUCUCAGUUCUAAACUGUUAUCAUGUCACAGUAUAAUUUCAAGAGAAAACAGGAGUACUUGGAGAAAGCCUGAGGACAAACUUGGAAAUUUCUUCUCAAAGUGAGAAUGAGAUCAAAGCACAGUGCCUUCCACACAUCAUUCAAACAUAUUCAUUUCCAAAUACAGAUAUGAUGACAGACGAAAACGAAGCCAAGCAGAGGCUGACUUGCGCCAUCCGUACAGGAAUCAACUACAAAGAAUUAAGCGACGUUGGCGUGUGUCUCACGACCGAACCCUACUUCAGAUCACUCCUGUGUGCUUUAUACCGUGAAAAAAUCCAUGGCCUGCUUUCGAAGGCUCGAAUUCUGCUCCCAGUGACAGAAGCACGUUUAAUGAUGGGCGUUAUGGACGAAACAGGCUUACUUGAAUCUGGUCAGGUAUUUGUUCAGCACACGAAGAUGAGAGGCGAGGGAGACGAACAUUUUGUCGGGAAUAUUAAGACGGUUGUGGCGGGAAAAGUGGUGGUGACCAGAAAUCCGUGUCUACAUCCGGGUGAUGUGCGGCAGCUCGAAGCGGUGGAUGUCCCGGAGUUAAGGCAUCUGGUGGACUGUGUCGUCUUUCCAAGCAAGGGAGCAAGGCCGCAUCCUAAUGAGAUGGCUGGUAAUAGAUUUGAUUUCUAUAUUGACUGA